CUCGGGAGUGGUCGUUGUGAGUCUAUCAUCUUGCUCCGUUGUUCGUGCUGCUCACAAAACUGUUAUUGUUCAUAUUUUGCUCACCAUUAACUCAUUCCCUUGAGGAUUUGGUGUCGAAAAUAUAGUCAAUAUGAAGGCGUGCGGUGUCGUUGCGGUACUCGUAAGCUUUUUGCUUCUUAACUUUGUGUCCAUGACGGAGAGUUUCCCGAACGGUGCCCCCGUCGAGGCUUGCAUCUACCAGACAGUGCCCAACCACACGGGCACUAAACCCAGCCCCCCCUCAACUUUUAGUCAUGAAUUUGUAGCCACGCAAGGAAACUGGGUUCCUGGAGCAAAUAUUCAUGUGCACGUUAGUGGUCCUAAGAUCAAGGGUUUCUUCAUCCAAGCCAUUGACGACGACUACAAACCCAUCGGAUCGUUCAUUAAGAACGUUUAUUCGGGUUAA